CAGAAUACGAGGAUUUCUUAACACGAUGCAUUUGAAUAUUGAUGUAAUGUGUUGGGCUGUGCUAGACAAAGUGCGGGGUCCGUAUAGCCCUUACGUAGGAUCACAUUGAUUGAUUAGAUCUAUGCCUUAUCUCUAUCUCGCACUGUCGAUGAAGCUGAGAUCCUGCUCGUAGCGUGAAUAAUAACAUGGCUCAAGACACCGUCAGUGCAUCCAUCGCCUGCCUAUGCGGGCAGGUCUCCCAGCAGAUAGUGCUCUCUGCAUCGCAUAUCAACCAGCUAUCCUUUUGCCACUGUGAUUCCUGCCGGUCAACAAGCGGAGUCCUCUGCACAUCCUACCUGGCCUUGCAUUCUCCUCCGUCCUUCUCUAGCCCACGUCUGAAACAAUACGCACAGUCCGCUCACGUCAGCAGAUGGUUCUGCGGGAUCUGCGGUGCCCAUGUCUUUGCGCACUGCAGAGAGGAAGGGCAGGAUAGAUACCUAGUCGCAACAGGUUUGUUGACGACAGCUGCGGCAUUUGAACCUGAGACGAGAUCCGUCUCACACUGGGGUGUCCGAGAUACUCAAGACGGCGGGCUGAGUCGUUUCUUGUCAGGCUCAGCAACGAAUAAAGUUGCAGCUGCAACAUGUCUCCUACAACAACACCCCCACAUCACCAAAGACGCCGAGUCUAAGUCCAAGCCUUCGGUAACAGCUUCUUUAACCGUAGAUGACGCGAACCUCCUGCAUGCUCGAUGCCAUUGUGGAGGGGUGGCCUUCUCGAUCACACGCCCAAACGACCAGUCUAGGGCGGCGUCAUCGCCAUGGUCCGACCUACUUGUCCCUUUUCAUUUAGCCUCGUCUGCAAAUUCAGACGACGUCAAGUGGUGGCUUUGCGCCGAAAACACAAAAUACUUAGCGGGGGCAUGCGCCUGCAAAUCAUGUAGACUCGCCAGUGGGUUCCCGAUCCAGACAUGGACAUUCGUCUCCAAAAUAAAUCUCAUCAACAAUGCGACUGCAGAAAUGGAUGGUGAGGGCUUCUCUUAUGAAACUGGCACAUUGCAGCGGUAUCAAAGCAGUCCUGAGAUUUAUAGAGAGUUUUGUAGAAUAUGUGGUGCAACUGUGUUUUGGCAUUGCGAUUGGAGACCUGGCGUGGUGGAUGUCAGUGUUGGGAUGCUUCGAGCACGGAGUGGUGCGAGGGCUGAAGACUGGUUGGAGUGGGUGACUGGGAGAGUGAGCUUUGCAGAGGAUGCUUUGGACAAGCCUUUGAUCGCUCUUUUAGAGAAAGGGUUGCGAGAGUCUGUUUGACG